GAUUGAGGAGCACCAUGCCGGAGUGUGUUUCAGUGUCAGACUUCGUGCAGGAGGUUCAGGAGGACUGGAGCUCCCCCACCACCUCCUCCUUCACCUCCAAGAUGAUCAGCUGCAGGAACACCGUCUACCUGCUGGAGGAGGUUUUGGACAGUGACCGACUGGUGUUGCAGAAGAUGAAGAAAGCUGCUAAAGCCAAAUACACAUCAGGACAAGACCACGUGUCUCACCUGGAGCAGUAUAUUAAUUCGAUGGAGAAGCUGUCGGUCAACUGUCACUCAAACGGAGAGACGGAGGUCGGCUCCGCCUUCUGUCGUCUGGCGGACUUUUCUAAAGAGCUCGUGUCUCCAAUGAAGAACCUGUUAAAGAGCAUGCUCCACAACAUCAACUUCUUCCUGGACUCUCUGGUUAAAGGAGACCUGAGGGAGGUGAAGGGGGAUCUGAAGAAGCCUUUCGACAGAGCAUGGAGGGACUAUGAGAGCAGAUUUAAGCAGGUGGAAAAGGAGAAGAGGGAGUUGGCUCGUCAGUACGGGAUGGUGAGGAGCGAGGUGAGCGGAGGAGAGAUCGCCGAGGAGCUGGAGAAGGAGAGACGCUCCUUCCAACUGAGCAUGUGUGAGUAUCUCAUUAAGGUCAACGAGAUUAAGACGAAGAGAGGAGUCGACCUGCUGCAGAACCUCAUCAAACACUACCACAGCCACAACAAUUUCCUGCAGGAGUGUGUUUCUACCACUCAGAGGUUGAAGCAGUACAUGGAGGAGCUGAACGGAGUCCUGACCACGGUGAAGCAGCGUCAGGAAGAGGAGAAGAAACAGCUGUGUACGCUCAGAGAUCAGCUGAGGCCGGUCGUCCACACAGAGCAGGACUCCCUCCCUAAGCAGGUGUACAGUAUGCAUCAGCUGCUGGGAGACAAACAGUACGGAACAGAAAGAUCAGGAUUCCUCUAUAAGAAGAGUGACGGGUUGAGGAAAAUGUGGCAGAAAAGGAAAUGUUCAGUUCACAACUGUUACCUGACCAUCGCACAUGCUACUCCCAAUAAACCUCCUACCAGACUCAACCUGCUCACCUGUCAGGUCAAACCCAGUGUGGAGGACAAGAAAUGCUUUGACCUCAUCUCUCAUAAUCGGACCUACCACUUCCUGGCUGAAGAUGAAGCUGAGUGUGUGGCCUGGAUCUCGGUGCUCAGUAACAGUAAGCAGGAGGCUCUGAGCAUGGCUCUGGAUGGGGGGAGGAGAGGGGGAGGAGGAGGGGAGAGCAGUGUGGAGGAUCUGACCCGGGCCAUCACGGAUGACAUCAGACGGAUGCCAGGAAACAACAGCUGCUGUGACUGUGGAGCUCCAGAUCCUGGAUGGCUCUCGACCAACCUGGGUGUCUUGACCUGUAUCGAGUGUUCAGGCAUCCACAGAGAGAUGGGGGUCCACGUCUCCAGGAUCCAGUCUCUGAGUCUGGACAGUCUGGGGACCUCAGACCUGCUGUUGGCCAGAAAUGUUGGUAACUCUGGGUUUAAUGAAAUACUGGAGGCGAACUUGCUGAGUCCGUCACUGAAGCCCUCCCAACACAGCCACAUGGCGGAACGUAAAGACUUCAUCCUGUCGAAGUAUCAGGACGUUCAUUUUGUCAGGCGGACUCACAGCUCGACUGUAGCGCUGCGGUUCGGCCUGCAGGAGGCGACCAAGAGCUGCGACAUCUACAGUCUGAUCCAGCUGUACGCUCAGAGGACGGAGCUGAGCCAGCCGCUGCACACACACAUACAGGAGAAAGGGGAAACCGCGCUCCAUCUAGCCGUCUUAUUGGCUGACAGAACAUCGUUGCACAUCCUGGACUUCCUGGCUCAGAACUGCUCCAAUGUUGACAUGCAGACGUCAGCGGGAAACACAGCGCUGCACUACAGCUGUCUGCACAACAAGAGUGACUGUGUCAAGCUGCUGCUGAGAGCCAGAGCCAACACACACAUCAAGAACGAGUUAGGAGAGAGCGCUCUGGACGUGAGCCGCAGGUUGAAGCACAGUCACUGCGAGGCGCUGCUGCAUCAGGCACAGUCCAACCAGUUUGACCAUCACGUCCAUGUGGAGUACGAGUGGAGGCUUCGUCAUGACGAUCUCUAUGACAGUGACGAUGACUUUGAUGACAGGAAUGGUCCAGUGAAGAAGGAGCGCACUUCCUCCUCCUCAUCCUCCUCCUUCACCUCCUCCUUCUCCUUCACCUCCCGUCCCUUCAGCUUCAGCCAGUCCAUGUCCUCCUCCGUCACCCCGCCUUCCUCUGCAGCAGCAGGAGGAGGUCUGCUCAGUGUGGGGAGGAGGCUCGCCAUGGCCAUGGAGCUCCACAGCCGGCCCACUGGUUCUGCUCCAAGCCCCCCUCCACCUCCCCCGUCCUCUCCUGCGCCCCCGCUGCCCCCAAGGGUCAAAGGUGAGUUCAGAGCUCCCAGUGUUCCUCCUCCUCCCCCUCCUGCUGGGGGAGAGGGAGUGGGUGGGGAGGAGGAGGAAGAGGGAGAGGUCUUCUUCCCCCUUACAGGAAACAGAAAGUCAACCCCUCCCCCUCCCAUCGCCGUCCGCCACAAGAGGAGCUGUUCUGAGUCCAGCAAGCAUGAUUACGGGUUGCCAACCAGUCCCAGAAUCUACAGCGGUCCAGACUCCUCCUUUAAGAAGUGUGUUCCAGCUUCUCCUCUCGGCUCGCUGACUGAACGACCAGACAGAGGUUUUCGGAGGGCGGACAGUGACGGUAGCUCCUCCCACUUCCUGCAGCCUGCCAGUAAAGCUCCGCCCAACGGGUCUCCCACGAAUCAUCGCUCUCAGAGCUUUGAGAGCGACAGCAGAGGCCCCGCCCCCCAGCCACUUCCUCGCAGAUCAUUGCCUCGAGGCACGACGAGUCGGCGGGUUCAGGCGCUGUAUGACUGCCAGGCCGACCACCACGAUGAGCUGAGCUUCUGUGAGGGACAGGUGCUGGUGGUCCUGGGACAGGAGGACUGUGAUUGGUGGCACGGUUACGUAGAGGACGAACCAGACCAGAGAGGUUUGUUUCCGUCUUCCUUCGUCCAGCUGCUCUCAGACUGACGUGAACCUGGACCAGGACAGGACCCAACCAGACCCUGGACCAGCACAGAUUCAAACCACAACAAAACCAGGAGAACCAAACCAGAACCAAACUGAAUCAGUACUGAGCAGCAGAAGCUGAACCUCUGAUCUUGGAUGGACCAGGUCAAGGAUCUGGUUCACAUGAUCACAGUCCAGCCACUGUUAUCAGCUGAGUUGUCACAGCAACUUAUGUUUUCUGUUACCAUGGAAAUGUUACAGAUGACCUUUCAGUGAAGAUUCUAGACCAGACUAGAUCUUUAUGUGGCUCGGGUCAUGUGGUAAUGUUGCUAUGGAUACGGCCUUGCACAGACUGAUCAGUGAUGAUUUAAGGUUGAUGACAAUAAUUUUAUUUAUUUAUUUAUUUAAAAUGAAAAGCACACAUCUAACGGCAAGACACUGAAACUACAAUCCACUGGACUUUUAUUUUGAAGUUCAUUUGAACUACAUUUUAUUUAUCUUAAUGUAUUUAAAGUUAUUGAUCCUGUGGCAAUGCCACCGUACAAGCCGCUUCUGCCCCAUUUCAGGCUUCUACUCCUGGAGGGGCAGGACCUGAGAGGGUGCGUCCUUUAAUGGACCAGAUCCGAUAAGUGACACUGAAGACCAAAGGACAAAAACCAGAUGUCUGCUCUAUAUUCAGGUCCAAUCAGCCUUUGGAUCAGGAUGCUACCUUGUUGACCCAUUAUCAUGGAUUUGAUCUGUAAACUUGGACUUCAGACGAGGUGGAGCCUGAAAUGAGACACAUCUGUUGCUUCCAGCUGCCUUCGAUGUCCCAAGAUAUCACAAUGCCUCAGUGAGUAGGUGCCACAGUGUAUUACUGCCACUAUUACAAAAAUGUUUGCUUUCUGAGCACAGAAAAAAAAAACAACUCCGUUAAACUAGUUACAAAUGUCAGUGAGAUUUUGAAUGAGUUUUUUUCUUUACUUUUGGAGCAGAACCGCUCUGGUGGCUCUGGGUUCACUUGGACUCACAUGAUCUAACGAGAUAGUGACGUUGUGUUGAUAACAAAAGUAAUUCAGUAUAAUGUAAGAAUGAUAAACAUGAAAAAUAUCUUGCUAUAACAAGAAAACUGAGCAGAUUUUUUUGUCAUGGUGGCCGUAAGUACAAACCUUUCUCAUCUGGGUUUGAUCGUUUCAACUUUUACCUCCAGAGUUUUUAGGACUUUCUUGAUAGAAAAAAAAACCCUUGAAUUCUGUUUCAUAUUUUAUUUUAUUUUUUUAAUUUCUUUCAAAGUGACAGCGGUUGAUGUUGUUUUCUGUUUUUGCUGAAAUCUCACAGUGCUUCCGUCUGUCUGGCAUCUAUGAAUGAAUGAACGGAUGAAUGAACGGAUGAUCAGUAGGUUGUUGAAGCAAAACUGACAUUUGUUUUAUCAAACAGUCACAGUUUAAACAUGAUGCGCUGAAUUAAAGCUAUGGUAACUGAACAUA